AUGCUUGACAGCAAGGUCGUGUUGUACGACCGCAGUGGCCGUGUACGUCAGACGUUCAUGGGGAAGGAACACUCGGAGCCGUGGGCGGCGGUGAUGACCCCAGAUGGACACGUCCUUGUUACGUUACGACGUGAUGCCUGCUUUGCUCUAUGGCCUAAAGAUGCUUCUACCGUGAAGAUGUUUGGACAUGCCGAACUGAAAUGCCCCACUGGGAUUGCUGUGGACAAACUGAGGCGGAUUAUAGUCACCGAUGAACGUGCCCAUGACGUUUUCUUGUACGACGAUUCAGGACGAUUCCUGUUCAGAUUAAGCGAUCUGAAACAGACAACCUUCAAGCAACCAAGAUAUGUCUGCGUGUCUGGCUCCGGGCGCAUCAUCGUGUCUGAUUCUGGAAACCACUGUGUGAAGGUAUUUGAUGUGGACGGCGAGUUCCUGUUCCAGCUUGGUUCUUAUGGAUAUGGCGAAGGACAGCUGAAGUUCCCUUACGGCGUUUGCGUUGACCACGAAGAGCAUAUCAUUGUCGCUGACCACUACAAUGACCGCAUUGUCAUGUUCUCAUCCGAGGGACAGUUUAUGCAAACAUUGAUCUCACACCGACCCGGUAUGAUAAGACCCCAAGGAGUGUCAGUUCGGUGUGCGCAUGACCGGAAGUUGUACAUCACACAUGGGGAAUAUCGGGCAUCCGAAGUGAUUGUUUUCAAACUGAUUCCCCACAAAUCCGAACUCAGCGUUAGUAUCGAACACUUUGCUUAA